GUUUGUAUUGAUCAUGGCGACUACAUGAAAACAUUAUGACUGAAUGAGUCUGGACAUGUCCAUUGAUUUUAGCGGAUAUGCCAAGGAAAGGUUCCCGAAAAUCUAUACUUGAAAAGAAACCAAAAUUAGAUUUUGUCAAGAGCCCAGUAAAUGGCCCUGAAUGUCCUCUCUCCCCAGUUCUUGGGGCUCUUCAUCCUCUCACAGCCAAGGCCAUAGCUGCUGAUGAAUCUAACCUCACAUGGAUCUCUCCCAAUUUCCUUGCACGCCAAGGUUUGAGCCAUGGGAAAAUUAAGCUACUGAGAGGAAAGAGAGUACAUACACGACAGAGACAUGCGUCAUGCGAGAAGGAAAACCAUGGCGAUAGUAGACGAGGAAGAGCCCUCGGCAGGUUGAAAGCUUUGGCAUUUGUCACAGAUGACAAGACUGAUGAUGAAUCAAUUGAUCAUCUUGAGAGUUUGACACCGCCUCGAGAUUUCUCCGUAUCAAGGAACCUCUGUCCCAGUCCUACUUCUGAUGUCCAGACUCCUGAACUGAAGGAAAAUAUUGGUGAUCAAAGUCCAUGUUCUGAUAUGCUUUUGAAGAGACAACUCAGGAAGGGAGGCAACUCCGGUCAUAAAACAAUAACUGAUACAGUUUGCAAGGCACCAAAUCUAAUUGAGUCGCCUUUAAGGAUAUUAAACUUUUCAGUUGAGGAUAGUCAGUGUUGUGACCAGUCUCAGAUUCGUAGAUCAAUAAGGCUGCGAGAAAAGUACAUUGAUUCAGUGAAGUUACUGAGGACUCCGCCGCGACGGGCUGUGAAAGAUGCUACUGUGUUGGUUGUGGAUACUCCAGAGUGCGAAUAUGGUCUGAGACUCCGAAGAAGACAGUUGGCAAAGUUGAAGGGAUGUGUUUCUGGAAACACUUCUUAAAACUGUAAACAUGUUAUGAGUGUCUUAAAGCUACAGAAGAGGGACUAUGUACGUAGUGCACACUUGAGCAGAAUGCUACUUUACCGUGAUACCGUUGAAAGUAUUCAGAUCAUCACUGUGAAAAGGUCAAGUUUGUAACACUCAAUAGUCAGAGGAUAUUAUAAAUGUUUUUUCCCAACAAUGUAUCAUUUACUGUCAGUACCAGCAGUAUAAAUACAUGUUCUAAGGAGACUAUCCACUAUUUAAAUAA